AUGAGUAGGCUCGGCUCAUGGUUCCGGUCGUCGGCCAAGGCGAGCAGCAAUGCGAGCCCGGCCUCGUCGUCGCUCAACCUCUCCUCCAAGGAGCUGUCUGCCAAGGAAAUGGCCGAUAUCGAGGACGCCAUGACGGCCGCCGCCUUCAUCAUGAACGACGACAUUGACGGCGCCGAGGAGCGUCUGCGGAAGGGCGACUCGGCCUUCCACCAGCUGGGCAUGUCGAUGACGACGUUUCUCCGCUCCGUCCUCGGCUUCGAGAAGGAGGUCAUGAAUGAGGCCUCGAAACGGCUGGCCGAGACCGAGGCCAAGGCGUGGGCAGACUACAAAAAGGCCGAGCGCGAGGGGCAUGCCUCGAGCAGCAGGAUCUACCCACCGGGCACCGAAUUCCUUCUCAUCCACGCCGAGUCUCAGCUUAUGGCCGCCGUUGUCGCCGUCCUCCAUGAGAGCCUGACCGAAGCCCUCAAGGGCUUCUACAAGCUGCGCAAGGCGUUCGUCACCCUGGACGGCAUCAUGCUGCAGGAGGCCAAGGCAUUGGAGAAGGACAAGGCAAAGGCCGACCCGCCGCCGCUGCGGCAGCUCAUGAGCGACGGCAAGAUGCCCGGCAGCUUCGACGACCAAGAAUUCGCCGGCCUGGACCGUAACGACGACAGCGACCUUGAGUUCGUCGACGCCAGCGAGGUCGUCCCCAAGUCCGGGUCCGAGACGCCGGCGGAGAAGAAGCCGAACGGGCCAGCUGCACCCGAGACCCUCCCAGUCCAGGAGCUGGCCGCACUCGACAUGAACUCAGGCACGUCGACGCCCUCGUCGGGCGACGCGAAGCUCGCACCCUUGCAGGUCUCGUCGCAAAUGGCGGACGACUCGGACACCGAAUCCGGCGUCUUCUCCAACCCCGUAGACGCCUUCAUUCACAGCGGCGCCAAUAUGUGCUUCGGCAUGCUCCUCUUCAUGCUCAGCAUGGUGCCGCCCGCCUUUUCCCGCCUCCUGUACGUCGUCGGCUUCCGAGGUGACCGCGACCGCGGCGUGCGCAUGCUGUGGAAGAGCACACAGUUCGACAACCUCAAUGGCGCCGUGUCGGGCCUGAUCCUCCUCGGGUACUACAACGGCCUCAUGGGUCAGGCGGACAUCACGCCUGCCGAGCGGGACUUUGACGCCGACGCCGAGAUGGUCGGGUACCCAGCCGCCAAGUGUGAGGCGCUGCUGGCGUCGAUGCGGACGCGGUACCCGGAAUCGCGCCUGUGGCGCGUCGAGGAGUCGCGCGUCAUGGCGCAGCAGCGCCGGCUCGCCGACGCCAUCCAGCUGCUCACGACGGGUGAGGAGUCCAAGAUGCGCCAGGUGACGGCGCUCAAUUGCUUCGAGCUGGCGCUCGCCGCCAUGUCGCACCAGGACUGGGAGUUGAUGCAGAAGACAUUUCUGCGCUGCCUCGAGCUCAACGACUGGAGCCACACGCUAUACUACUACAUGGCGGGCUGCGCAGAGCUUGAACUCUACCGCGACGCCUUCCAUGCCGAGAAGAAGGAUGAAGAGGAGAUGCGGCGGCGCAAGAAGAAGGCCGAGGAGCUGUUCCGCAAGGCGCCGACCGUUGCCGGGCGCAAGAAAUUCAUGGCGCGCCAGCUGCCCUUCGACACCUUCAUCACGCGCAAGGUCCAGAAGUGGGAGGACCGCGCCAAGGAGCUCAAGGUCGACCUAGCCGAUGCCGUUGCCGUCAGCCCCGCCCAGGAAAUGGUCAACCUGUGGAACGGUACCAAGCGGAUGAACGACGACGAGCUGAAUCUGUCGGUCAAGAGCCUGGAGUGGGGGCGCUGCACCCUGCCGGCUGAGGCGUUGGCGAAGGUCAAGGCGACCCCGGACGAGUCCUCUAUCCGGUCCAUUUGCCUGGCGGCCGUCUACAGGACACUGGGACGGUUCGAGGACGCGAGGACGAUUCUUCAGACUGAGGUCUUGAAUGCGGAUAGGGCGGCAUUCAAGGGCCCUACCAAGGACGAGUACCCGUUGCCCAUGGCACACUACGAAAUGGCAGCUGUGGCCUGGUUCGAGGCCUGCCAGCCGGAGAAGCGCGCCGCGGCGGCUGACGAGCCGGCGGAUGCCGAGGGCCAGGCCAAGGCCACGGCGACUUACCGCAAGACAAAGACGGACGAGUGCCAGGAGUGGCUCGACAAGGUCGUCGCAUGGGAGGCGUUCGUCUUUGACGCGAGGUUGGGCAUGCGCGUGCAGGCGGCGCUGGAGACGCUCAAGUGGUUCAAGAACAAGAACAACUGGUCAUAG